AUGUCCUGCGUCGUGGAGCAGAGAGAACCUGUGACGGAUGGGGGCGGCAGCAGUAACAGCCGUACCAAUGCUACCGUACGCGGCAACGGCGAUGACCAAACGCGUCUGGCGGACAAGCAGGCUGCCCUUGGAUGGAUCGUUACGGACUACCACCACGGGGACGACGACGACGACGACGACGACGAAGAUGAUCUGGACGGUGAUGCCCGUAUGGAGAGCCGGAACUUCUUCCAUCCGCCACCACCGCCACCACCGCCACCAGAAGGAGCACGGCCGCCAUCGCCAGCCCCAGCGGAGGCGACGCCAUCGCCGACCAUAUCUCGCAAGACGGCAGCAACAGCGCCUCGGCCAGGAACCACCGCCACCAAGCAAGCGCGAGAGCACGGCGCCAACUGGACGAGGAGUUCCGGCGACGCGACUCACGUAGUUGUCGACCGGGCCUUGUGCUACCGUGACGUCGAGCCGCUCCUGCCCGAGGCCGACGGCACAUCUGCUGCCGCCCCGGUCGUGGUGGGCGAGGACUACCCGCUCGAAUGCAUCCAGUUCAAGACGUUGCUGGAUCCGAGGCAGAACAGGUAUCGCGUCUCCGGACAGGUAGUCACCGCAUCUGCACCCGCGGCUGCGGCUGCCCCGGCGGCGCCGUCUGACGCCGACGGCGGCGAGGGUGGCUCGCUCGCGAUCAAGGAGUCACGACGACAGAUCAUCCCCUCCGGAACACCGAUCCGCGUGGGGGACGAGUCGCAGGAGGUGGACGGUACUGCGCGGGGGGCUGCGGCUGCUGCAGAUGAGCUGUCCGGGUUCAUACACAUGAUGCAGCAGUACAGGAACCUACCGCUCGACGAUGAUGACGACGACAACGACGACGACGACGACGACGAUGACGACGACGAUGAUGACGGACCAUCCCGAGAUCCGGAUCCAGACAAUCAUCGUUCUACAAGGCCAGCGGCGGGAAAGACCAUGGCAGUGGUAGGCAAGACGACGGCAACGCCAGCAUCAGCACCUGCACCUGCACAUGCACCUGCACCGAGAGGCCAUGGAGGAAGGGCAGAGCAGUCAUGGACCCGCCAGCGGGGCGCCACCAAGGACGGCGACGAUCCCAACCCCAACGCGCGGACCAUCGAGAUGCUCCAGAAGAUGGCGAGCUACUACGACCAGACGGAAGACACGUGGCGGGCCAUGGCGUACCGGCGGGCCGCGGCGACGCUGCGGCGGCAGACGGUCCAGAUCUGCACCGAGGACGAGGCCGUGCGGCUGCCGUCGAUCGGACGGCGCCUGGCGCAAAAGGUGGAGGAGAUCGUCUCGACGGACAGGCUCAGGCGGCUAGAGUACGCCGAGGCGGAGCCGGCGAGCGAAUCCCUGCGGCUGUUCACGGGCAUCUACGGCGUCGGCAUGAGGCUCGCGCAGCGGUGGGUCGCGCAGGGUCACAGGACGCUGGAGGACCUGCUCCUCGCCGACGGCGGCGGCGGCGGCGGCGGCGACGGGCCCGGGAGGGUCAGGCUGUCGGCCAGCCAGAUGCUGGGCAUACAGCACCACGACGACCUGGUCAGGAGGAUACCGCGGCGCGAGGUGGAGCUCCUCGGGGCGGUGGUGAGGAGGGCGGCGGCGGCGAUAGACCCGGGGGUGUGCGUCAUCAUCGGCGGCAGCUACCGGAGGGGGGCGGAGUCGUCGCACGACAUCGACCUGCUCGUCACGCGGGUGGGGACCGGAAGCUCGGAGGAGCUGGCGCCCUUCCUCGGCGAGCUGGUGGGUAAGCUGGAGAGGGAGGGCUUCCUGGUGGCGCACCUCGCCGGCAGCGGGAGGAGCAGAUGGCACGGAUGCUGCGUCCUUCCGGCGCAGGCUCAGGCUCAGGCUCAGCCGACGGACCCGGGCGGUGUCGACACUGCCACCGCCACCGCUACCGCUACCGCUACCGCCACCGCUACGGGAGGUGCGGGGGGGGGGGAGCGGAGACGGUGGAGGAGGAUAGAUUUCCUGCUCGUGCCGGAGACGGAGCUGGGCGCGGCCCUCAUCUACUUUACCGGGAACGACCUGUUCAACCGGAGCCUGAGGCUGCUGGCCUCGCGCAAGGGCAUGAGGCUCAACCAGCGUGGCCUGUACAGGGACGUGAUGCGCGGGGCGGGCAGGGCGAGGGUGACGGAC